UGGCGCCAACUCGCCUCGGCCUCCCGCAGCUCCACGGACCGCUCCCGGAGAGCUCAAGAGUGACCGCGAGCGCAGGUCAGAGAAACAUGGCAGCUAGGCGAAUUGCACAGGAGACUUUUGAUGCUGUUUUGCAAGAAAAAGCUAACCGAUAUCACAUGGACCCCAGUGGUGAGGCCGUAGGUGAAGCUCUUCAGUUUAAAGCUCAAGAUCUUUUAAGGACAGUCCCAAGAGCCAGAGCAGAUAUGUACGAUGACAUUCCUAGUGACAGCAGAUAUACUCUGGCUGGAUCUGUAGCUCAUGCUCGAGACACUGGAAGAGAAAGCCUGCGAGGUGAUGUAUUUCCAGGACCUUCCUUCAGAUCAAGCAAUCCUUCUGUAAGUGAAGACAACUACUUUCGCAAAGAGUGUGGCCGGGAUCUGGAAUUUUCCCACCCUGAAUCCCGAGACCAGGUUUUUGGCCACCGGAAAUUGGGACAUUUCCGUUCUCAGGACUGGAAAUUUGCACUCCGUGGCUCUUGGGAACAAGACUUUGCCCACCCCGUUUCUCAAGAAUCCCCUUGGUCACAGGAGUAUAAUUUUGGUCCUUCUGCACUCCUGGGGGACUUUGGUUCUUCCAGGCUGAUUGAGAAAGAGUGUUUGGAGAAAGAGAGUCGGGAUUAUGAUGUGGACCGUCCAGCGGAGGCAGACUCUGUGCUCAGGGGCAGUGCCCAAGUCCAGGGCAGAGGCCGAGGUCUAAACAUCGUUGACCAGGAAGGGGCCCUUUUAGGAAAGGGAGAGACUCAGGGCCUGCUCCCAACUAAAGGGGGAGUUGGGAAACUUGUCACACUGAGAAGUGUGAGCACAAAGAAAGUACCCACUGUAAAUCGUAUUACUCCCAAAACUCAGGGCACCAACCAAAUCCAGAAAACCACCUCAAGUCCUGAUGUGACCCUGGGGACAAACCCAGGGACAGAAGAUCUCCAGUUUCCCACUCAGAUCCCUUUGGGGCUUAAUCUGAAGGAUAUUCGGCUCCCCAGAAGAAAGAUGAGCUUUGACCUCAUAGAUAAGUCUGAUGUCUUUUCAAGAUUUGGGAUAGAAAUAAUCAAAUGGGCAGGAUUUCACACCAUAAAAGAUGAUGUUAAAUUUUCCCAGCUUUUCCAGACUCUCUUUGAACUCGAAACCGAAACCUGUGCUAAAAUGCUUGCUUCGUUCAAAUGCUCCUUAAAACCAGAGCACCGAGAUUUUUGCUUUUUUACUAUCAAAUUUUUAAAGCACUCUGCUUUGAAAACACCCAGAGUUGAUAACGAGUUUUUAAACAUGCUUUUAGACAAAGGUGCUGUGAAGACCAAAAAUUGCUUUUUUGAAAUCAUAAAGCCCUUUGACAAGUACAUCAUGCGGCUUCAAGACCGGCUCCUGAAGAGUGUCACACCCCUGCUCAUGGCAUGCAAUGCCUAUGAGCUGAGUGUCAAGAUGAAGACCCUUAGUAACCCACUGGACUUGGCUCUUGCCCUGGAGACCACCAAUUCUCUCUGCCGGAAAUCUUUAGCCCUCUUGGGACAGACUUUCUCCUUGGCCUCCUCUUUCCGGCAAGAGAAAAUCUUAGAAGCCGUGGGCCUCCAAGAUAUAGCUCCCUCUCCUGCGGCAUUUCCAAAUUUCGAGGACUCUACUCUGUUUGGGAGAGAGUACAUCGAUCACCUGAAGGCCUGGCUGGUCAGCAGUGGGUGUCCCCUCCAGGUCAAGAAAGCCGAACCUGAGCCAGCCCAAGAGGAGGAGAAAAUGGCUCCCCCUACCAAACCCGAAGUUCAGGCCAAGGCUCCGAGUGGUCUGAGUGAUGCGGUCCCCCAGCGAGCGGAUCACAAGGUGGUGGACACCAUCGACCAACUGGUCACUCGUGUUGUUGAAGGCAGCUUGUCUCCCAAAGAGAGAGCUCUUCUCAAGGAGGACCCUGCUUACUGGUUUCUGUCCGAUGACAGUAGUCUGGAGUACAAGUAUUACAAACUGAAGCUGGCAGAAGUGCAGCGGGUCAGCCACACCUUGCCGGGAGCAGAUCAAAAGCCGACAGCGGCCGAGUGUGCCGUCCGGGCCAUGCUGUAUGCCCGGGCCAUCCGGAGCCUCAAGAAGAGGCUCCUCCCAGGCCGGCGGCGGGGGCUGCUCCGCACCCAAGGGCUCCGGGGCUGGAAGGUGAGGAGAGCAACCACUGGGACCCAGACCCUCCUCUCCUCGGGCACCAGACUGAAACACCAUGGCCGGCAGGCUCCAGGUUCAUUGCAGGGAAAGCUGUCCCAGCCAGAUGGAAAUGAUACUGCCAAGGACUGCCCACCUGACCCGGCCGGACCCUCUCCUGGGGACCCCAGCCCAGAAGCCUCGGGCCCAUCCCCCAAGCCAGCAGGAGUGGAAGUCUCUGGAGUCCCUCAGACCUCCUCUCCCUGCCCAUCUGCUGACGUUGACACGAAGACCAUGGAGACUGCGGAGAAACUGGCCAGAUUUGUUGCUCAGGUGGGACCAGAGAUUGAACAGUUCAGCAUAGAAAACAGCACCGACAACCCCGACUUGUGGUUUCUCCAUGACCAAAAUAGUUCAGCCUUCAAAUUCUAUCGAAAGAAAGUAUUUGAAUUAUGCCCGUCGAUUUGUUUUACAUCGUCUCCACUGAACCUCCACGCUGGUGAGGGCGCGGAUUCUCAGGAAGGCCCCCUUGAUCCCAUGGAAGGGGAAGGAGAGUUCGAAGAUGAGCCCCCUCAGCACGAGGCUGAGCUGGAAAGCCCAGAGGUGAUGCCUGAGGAGGAGGACGACGACGAGGAGGAGGACGACGACGAGGAGGAGGGGGGUGAAGAGGUCUCCACUCCUAGAGGGUCCUCCAGGUCCGCAGGAGGAGCUGCCAAGUCCGAGGGUUCUGAGGGCAGCCCCCCCACCGAUGGCCUCCCGAGUGAGGCAGCCGAAGAUGGUCCAGCUGGGGCACCUGCGCUGUCACAGGCCUCCUCGGGGGCCUGCUUCCCCCGGAAGAGGGUCAGUAGCAAGUCCUUGAAGGUCGGCAUGAUCCCAGCUCCCAAGAGGCUGUGUCUCAUCCAGGAGCCCAAAGUUCAUGAACCAGUUCGCAUUGCCUACGACAGACCUCGGGGGCGGCCCGUGUCCAAAAAGAAGAAACCCAAGGACUUUGACUUCGCCCAGCAGAAGCUGACUGACAAGAACCUGGGGUUCCAGAUGCUGCAGAAGAUGGGCUGGAAGGAGGGCCAUGGCCUGGGCUCCUGUGGGAAGGGCAUCAGGGAGCCCGUCAGCGUGGGAACUGCGUCGGAAGGGGAGGGGUUAGGUGCCGACGGGCAGGAGCACAAGGAAGACACAUUUGACGUGUUCCGUCAGAGGAUGAUGCAGAUGUACAGACACAAACGGGCCAACAAAUAGGUAUGUGUGGGAGCUGGUGCAUGGGGCGUUCCGCCCAAGCUGACGUGCUGGUACGUAGAGGCGGUUCCUCCCCCAAAACCAAACAGGAAACCACACACGCACACACACACACACACACACGGACAUGCACGAAAACAUUCUGUGAGGUUAACAAGGAGUGUUUGGAUGUGGACGUGUCCCACCUCUCCCCUUCCAGGUUUGGUGGAAGGCGCGAGCCCCGCGCUCACAGGCGUGCAGCCCGCCAGCGGGCCUUGGGAGGGGCCUGGUGUCCCGCGAGUGUGAGGGCGAUCUGGAAACCGGCGCUGCACCGGGCAGCUGCUUUGCCACAUCCCUUUUCUGAGCAUCUUCAAAUCCUUUUCCUUCUCUAGGGCCUUGGGCCCAUAUAAACAUUCCCUUCUUUCUCUUCUCUUCUUAGUAGCCUUCCCACCUGUAAUUUCCAACUCAGUUAUGAACAAAAUCAUUCUCUCCCUGAAUAGAUGAAACCAUUGGUGAGACAAAUAAGGCUCGAAGCAGCAGUUACUCUUAAAGCACCGCCUCUGCCCGGAUCUGCCCUGGAGCCAGUGGCCAAGUAGGUCUGGCGCGUCCACGAGAGACCGCGCGCCUCUGCAGCUCUGGUGUGGAGGUCCCGAGAGUGCCCCACUUCGAUCUGCUUUUGCCUUUCCCCGUCUUCCAAAUGCUUGCGGCAGCCAGUCCCCUGCAAGUCUUUCCAGGCUCCCACCACGGCAGGUGGUGCUGCCCUUGGAAGCACCGGUCCCUUGUUCGUGCUCUAGCACCGGCUCUGGUCGCGUUUCCCGUCGCAGGGCGCCUUGCUCUCUUUGGUGCUCUCUUUGCAAACUUAGUGCCAAAAUGGUGACAGACGGAGGCUUUUCGUUGCUUCUAGGCCGUAAAUAGGGGCUGUAAUCCGGUAUUCGUGGAGUCUGCUCUGGCACAGCCUGCGGGCUGGGGCUCAGGAUCUGAGAAGCAGAGAUGCUGGAUUCCACGAACGUGUGACUGAUGGAGGCUCGGCUCCCGAGAGACGGAAUGGAAGCUGAGCGACAGGAUAACAGAGCUGUGUUUGGUGGGGAGUAAUCAUUAUGUUGAUGAAACUUCCCUCAAAUUCGCUGAUCUCCCUAGAAUCCACACACUGCAGUUUGCUUUUUUGAAAAACCACAUAUGGAGUCUCUUCUACGAAGGGGUGGGGGUGUAGACUCUUCAGGAAGCAUCGUUUCUGGCAUGCACCUCAGGGCAAAGAAUUGUGUUGUCAGGGCCCUUGUACAGAACAGAAAGCGUCGUCCUCGUGGGGCGGGCCCGCAGCUGUCCGCUAUUUCUAGGCGCGUGAUCGCCGCUUUUCCCUCUUCUCCCGGCGCGCACUCUUUGCAGCUACGUGCGAGGUUCUCGGGCUGCAGGGCUCUCAAGCCUUUCUCGUCAAGCAGCGGUGUGGAAGCUUUUAAUGCGUGCUCGGAUCCGGGAGCCUUGGGAUCCUGCUGACUCUGCAAGCUGGGGGGACAGGGGCACAGCUGUGAGUUACCAUGUCGGCGCGUCUUCCGUUUCUUAAAGCCAUAGGCCUCGCCUCUAGGCCUGGGCUCCUCAGGCUCCAUCUUGAGGGGCCCACACCAUCACCUCCACCACAGCCACCACCAGCACCCCCGUCGCAGGCCUGUGCUGUCUCUUCGCAUCAGGUGCGGCCUCCAGGCUCUCCUUGCUUCUCACUGCUCUGUCGCGUGGGCUCCUGGCAGAUCUUUGUGGCCGGGGAGAUGACGAGACGACUCGGCACAGCUGAAGCAGCCUGUAGGGUGCGGGGACCACAGCUGUAGGGGUUCAUCUCCUUUCUUUCCUCAUCCUUCCGGUAGCUUUCCUUGUUGGCCGUGGGUGGAGCAGGUGGAUGGAACUCUGAGAACAGGGCCUUGGUCCUCUCUGGCGUUUCACAGAGCGCCCGUUGGCCCCGAGCAAGACGUGGACUCCCCAGAUAGGUUCUGGCUCUUUUCCUGCAGCAUAGAUAGCUCUGCCCAUCAUCUUCACUCUGUGCUAGUAUCUUCGCUCUUGGUCCACUCCGCUUUUAUCUGUAAGUAAAAUAGGGAUUCCCAGGCUAUAAGCCCUGUCCCCGCAGCCUCCUGCCACUCUUCCUCCUGGGGACAUCCCGCUUUGAGCUGACCCUGGGAGCCUUUGGCAAACGUCAAAGGGAAUACCUUUUUGAUCCUGGAAUGUCCUCUGAGCACUCAGGUGAUGCUUUUCCUGGGGGGUGGCGUCAUGGGAGCCGGGGCGGAGCCUGGUGGUGUGUCCUCAUGCCAGCCGUUGGCUAGGGACCGGGGCACACAGGCCCUCGGCACCCGCCCUUGCCCCCUCUGGCAGGGGCUGCUCGCAGGGAGCGUGUGUGCGAGCGCAAUGUGCGGUUGCGUAGCCUCGUCAAAGUCACAGUGUCUUUUCUGUCAUUCUAGUUCCAGGGUCUCUUCCAUGAGGACGACAGGCAUCCGGAAAGUGCUAACUCGCCACUUUGGGUGCUUACUGUCUCUGGCUUGUUUCCAUCACUGGAAAUCAUAUAGAGAAUUUAGCGUUUUUGGUCCUUGGUAAAACCUAGAAGAUAUUUGUGAUGUUACAAAACGGAAGUUUUUCGGUUUGUUCUUUCUUUCUUUCUUUUUUUUAAUCUAAGAAGUUGUGAAUGUUGUUAAUCAUUUAGCAGUUGCAAUAAAUGUAGAGGAAACCCAA